AUGAAGAAAGAGGAGGAAGAAGAGGGGUUUAAGAUAGAGGAUGUUAAGAUGGAGGUUGAGGAGGCGGAGAUCAAAGAAAAGGAAGAAAAGGAGGAGGGGUACAUCAAAGAGGAGGAAAUGGAGCUCGAAGAAGGAGAGAUCCUCGAAGAGAUGGAUCUUGACGCAGAGGCGUUCAUCAAGAUUAAGGAUGACACUGUCCCACCUUCUCAGUUUUAUCACCCGAACUAUGGAUUCUAUCGCCCAAUGUGCAGUGAGGAGACGCUUGACAUGAUGGAGGGCAAAGAGACCCAGCCGGCUUGGCCUGAGGCUUUUCCUUGGUUGUGUGUAUCCUGA